GGAUCUCAGCAGAGCUCUCGCUGCUGCGCGGAUGGGUCCACGCGGAGCGCAGGACACUCCCCGCCUGGAAGCAACAAGACGCAUUCCCGGCGAGGAUUUCGUAAAAAAGAAAAAUCCCUAUCUGGCAUAUUUAUUUAUUUAUUUUUUAAUUUGAAUUAAGGUGAAAGCUACCUGGGAACGGACCGCCGAAGUAAACAUGCUCGACGCCAAGGCGCCCAGAUCGAAGCUGCGUCCUCCGCCGAGAGGCUCCUCUUUUUACAUCGAGAAUCUGCUGCGCAUCGCGCACAGCGGGGAUCCGUCCGAGGAGCGCGUGGAGAGCCACAGCCCGGUGACCUCUCCGGGGCAGCGGACAGAACGCGCGCGCGGCGGGGAGGCGCCGGACCGGAGCGGGACAUCCCCGAACUUGGUGUGCGGCACUCGGAGAAGUCUACCGUGCAAAGAGGAACAAACGGAGCGUCUCUCAACCAGCGACCGGGAUUCCCCGACUCCAGUGGGACGGGAAGACAUCGACGGGCCGGCGGAGAAGGGGGAUGAUAGUUUGACUGACGACAGAGAGGAGGACGACGCGCACUCAUCUUACAGCUGCGACACAGCUGACACGAAAGUGGCUCGGAAGAAGAAGACCCGCACCGUGUUCAGCCGGAGUCAGGUGUUCCAGCUGGAGUCCACUUUCGACCUGAAGCGCUACCUGAGCAGCUCGGAGCGAGCGGGGCUGGCCGCUUCGCUUCAGCUCACCGAGACCCAGGUGAAGAUCUGGUUUCAGAACCGCAGGAACAAGUGGAAGAGGCAGAUCGCCGCGGACGCGGAGUCCGGCAGCACCGCCGGCGUGCCCUUCGGGGCCCGGAGGGCGGUCCGGGUUCCCGUGUUGUAUCGCGAGAACGUGGCGGCGCCCAGGGCGAUGAGCGGCCUGCCCCGCGCGACGUCGUCGACGAUGGUAGGCUUCUCCAACGCCAUCAACUACCCAUCCAACGCCAUCAACUACCCAUUGACUUCCCACUUCGCCUACCCCGUGUCGUUCCUAUCGCCGCAGAUGACCGGACUGGUGUGACUUUGAGGGUGGAGGGAAAAAUAAUCGUUGCUCUUUGGACACAAGUGAAUUCAAAUAAAGAUGCUGCAAAAAUGUUGGUUCUCGUUCAGUUUCAAGUCAGACGGCAUCCGAGUCAAUUCAUCCUUUGUUUAGGUUUUCGAGAAGUAAUCAACCAUCGUGAUCUUUGACAGGCUGCUUUAACCAUUUAAACAAGACUGGCGUUCCCCAGGGUUGUGUCGCAAAUUAUAUUAAGUGAUUUUGAGAGUGCAAAAUAAAGAAGUGGACAUGUUUAAGACCCCCCAUGCGUCAACAACCUCUGUCCUAUCCGGAGCAUAUUUCACACCACUUAACACCUGUUUUAUGUGUUUGAUUCUUUUUCACACACAACGUACUGAUGACCCACAUGUAGGAGGUCAAGCAAGACUGUAAAUCAGUACUUGUAUACUAGACCGACAAUUUAAGAUUGGGGAAGGUAAAAACAAUGAAUGAGAAAAUAACAAUAACUGCAAAACAAAUUAGACUGUGUGUUACACUAAACUCAGGAACCACAUUUCCAUUUUCUAUGUUUUUCUGUUUGCUUUAUCUUUAUUCCAGGUCUAAUGCAUAUUUCUCUCACAUGUUUACAAAUAAAGGUAUACAAACACA